ACCGCCCUUGUAGUCUCUUCAUGUGUCUCUUCAGAAGCGGUCCUGUUGCAGCCCAUCACCUGAACUUGACCUGCUAAGUGCUCUUAUUGUGUGGCCGUCAAUUCAAUGUGACCUAAGUCCGCCAUACCGUUAUGAUAGCACCGCACGGCACCAGUCUCCAGAAGUGAGCGCGCGUCACGCGUGGAGCGCACAGUGCAUCAGAGUCGGACAUUCCCGCACCGUUCUUUUCAAGUGUCUUUUUGGGGUCGACACAAGUGGAGGCGCAAAUGGCUGAAGAAAUACAAGCCAAAAUUGAGAACUAUCGCACGGCGCCUUUUGAUGCCAGAUUCCCAAACCAGAACCAAACCAGGAACUGCUGGUCCAACUAUCUAGAUUUUCACAGAUGUGAGAAGGCUUUAGACGCAAAGGGGGUAGACACAGCCCCAUGUGACUGGUACAAGAGGGUCUACACAUCACUCUGUCCUGCAUCUUGGGUCCAGAAGUGGGAAGAACAGAAAGAUGACGGGACCUUUCCAGGGAAGAUGUAGGACUGCCACUUCUCUAGGAUUAUACUGUGUCUUCAGCUACUGUUUGGUCAGUGAAAUGACCUUGAGUGGCUUCAGAUUCUCUUUGAGAUCAUAAUUCUCCUAAACAGAGCAUUAUAAGUGUUCAUUCCCCACAACUGCUUUGAAAUGUACAGCAGAUUAAUAAAUAUAUUUAUGAAACUCUG